CCCAGUUUGCCGAAGAGGGAGUGAGAUGCUCCGAGAGCUACCUCCCAUACGAGGCUGAUAUCGACCCCUUCAUUGACGAAGGGCAGUGCUAUAAAGCCUCCCUCCUCCCCAAGGGAAGCCACCGCGUCAUCUUCCCUGGCCUCCCGCCUCCCCAUCACAGAGCCACCCGCCCCUGGAACUCCAUUCAAGAUGAUUUCCAAGAUCUUCGCCCUAGGCGCCCUACUGGGCGCGGCCGCUGCCCAGCAAGUGGGCACACAGACGGCCGAGACGCACCCCAGGAUGACCUGGCAGAAGUGCAGUUCCAGCGGCUCCUGCACGAACGUGAACGGAGAGGUUACCAUCGACUCCAACUGGCGCUGGGUCCACGACAAGAACGGCUACACCAACUGCUACGAAGGCAACACGUGGAACACGACCAUCUGCAAGGACGGCAAGACCUGCGCGUCCAACUGCGCUCUGGACGGUGCCGACUACUCGGGCACCUACGGUGCUUCGACCAGCGGCAAUGCGCUGACGCUCAAGUUCGUCACCAAGGGGAGUUACUCCACCAACAUCGGCUCUCGUCUGUACUUGAUGGCCAGCUCAAGCAAGUAUCAGAUGUUCACUCUGCUCGGCAACGAAUUCACCUUUGACGUUGACGUGUCGAAACUGGGCUGCGGCCUGAAUGGUGCUCUGUACUUCGUGGCCAUGGACGAGGACGGCGGCGCAUCCAAAUAUUCGUCCAACAAGGCCGGCGCCAAGUACGGCACUGGGUACUGCGAUGCGCAAUGUCCGCGCGAUCUCAAGUUCAUCAACGGCGAGGCCAACGCCAACGACUGGAAGCCGUCGACCAAUGACCAGAAUGCCGGUGUCGGCCAGUAUGGCUCCUGCUGCACGGAGAUGGACAUCUGGGAAGCCAACUCGAUCUCAACUGCCGUCACCCCACACCCCUGCACAACGAUCGGCCAGCACCGGUGUGAGGGCGAUAGUUGCGGCGGCACGUACUCGGACGACCGCUACGGCGGUACGUGCGACCCAGAUGGGUGCGACUUCAACGCGUACCGGCAGGGCGUCAAGGACUUCUACGGCCCCGGCAUGACGGUCGACACGACCAAGAAGUUCACGGUGGUGACGCAGUUCAUCAAGGGCUCCAACGGCGAGCUGUCCGAGAUCAAGCGCUUCUACGUGCAGGGCGGCCAGGUGAUUGCCAACCCGGACAGCGCCAUCGAGGGCAACCCGGGCAACAGCAUCACGCCCGACUUCUGCAAGAGCCAGAAGGUGGCCUUCGGCGACCAAGACGUCUUCGAACAGAAGGGAGGCUUCUCGCAGUUCAGCAAGGGCAUCGCCACGCCCAUGGUGCUCGUCAUGUCGUUGUGGGAUGACCACUACGCCAACAUGCUCUGGCUCGACUCCACCUACCCGACCGACGCCAGCCCCGACGAGCCCGGCAAGGGCCGCGGCACCUGCGACACUGGCUCGGGUGUGCCGGCCGACAUUGAGGCAAGCCAGGCCAGCAACCAGGUCAUCUAUUCGAACAUCAAAUUCGGACCCAUUGGCUCGACCUUCAAGCAGCCCUAAGGCGGUUGAUGUGGGAGCAUAGAGCGUAUUGAAGACAUGGCAUGUCUAUAGAGAGCACACGAUGCAUUCGCCGUUAGAUUAGGUCCGUUUCCUUGUGCAUAAGUGGUCCGGUAUACAACAGAAGUUAUGACGUCUGCACAUGAACAUGCUUUGGCUCGUGUAGUUCAAACCUUUUCGGAAGAGAAAGGGAAGCAGUAACGUUAAAACUUACCAAAAAGAGGUCCAAUGACUACGAGUAAGUCUCAGCCAUGCUCAGCUAGUU